AUGGUAAAAAGCAAAAAAUCUAAGAAAUCGAAAAAAUCCAAAAAAAGUAAAAAUUCAACAAACCCCGAAGACGAUUUUUACACCGGAACAGAGACUUUUCAGUUCCCCAAUGGCGAUUUGUACGAAGGUGAAUACUGUGCGCACAUAAGCGGGUUGAUUUGGCGCGAAGGAAUCGGUACCUACACCACCAACGAUGGGCACGAAUACACAGGAUCGUGGUACAAUGACAAAAUGAUCGACAACACUGACAUCAUGAUUAAAUUUUCAAAAUGCGGUACCUUUAGAGGGAAGCUUGCGAAGACCAAAUACGCCGGUGAGGGAUCUUUUGAGUUCCCGAACAAUAUGACUUUGCAAUGCGAUUUUUUCGAUAACAAACCCAAAGGGGACAUAACUGUCCUAGAUGUAAAUGAAAAUCCAUGGGUUGGAGUUUCAAAUGGAACCCACUCCUUGCUGUACCAAGAGCACACAUACUACAGAGACAUCUCCGAAACGCUCGGAAUAGGGUCGAUAUACGCGGGAAACCAAACGCCCAUAGAAAAGCAAUCCUUGAUUGAAGAGGAAUAUGCUUCCGAAGGAAAGGAAAAAUACGACGAAAUAUUUAAAACUAGCACCCUCACCGACCCUGAUAAUAAUUUUACCGACUCCAAAUGGUUUCGAGAUUACAUUCAUUUCAAAAAAAAAUUGCAAGGAGUUUUACAAAUCAUCAGACAAGACGGCGUUGAGUCUCUGGACGCAGAUAUGGGGGAGUGGUAUAAAAACUAUCAGAAAUUCAAAGAACGCUAUUUCAAAAUAAUGGAUGAGCGCAACAACCCCAAGGAGAAAGAGUUGGUGGAUAAGCAGCUAUUCGAACUAUUUCAUAGCAAAGAAUACUAUAAAUCAUGUCCACCAAUUUCAGUAAUUUUUCCAAGAGUGCAAGAAGAAGAAGAAAUUGAAUACCUGGAUGGUUAA